GCUGCGAGGUGGACGAGGGAGAGAGUGGUGGUGGUGGUGGCCGCUUUACAGUGUACAGGCGGGGAUGCGGUAGGCUGGUGGGUGGUGGUUCGUGAGUCGUGGAAGUUUGGCCGCCGCGUCGUGUGCCACUGCCAGCGCGUGCGCGCCUGCGGCGCAGGCCGCGCAGUGUCUGCCUUUGUCCUUUCCCGCCAUUGUCCUCAGCUCACCGACCCUCUGCGCUGUCAAAUCCUCUCCUCACCCCUGGACCGCUGGUCGGAGACUAGAAAAUGAUACGCAGGGACCCCACGCUCAUCGGGAUGACGGACGCGGACGUGCAGCAGGUCCGCGACAUGGUCGCGGCCAAACGCAAAGCCGAGGCCGCUCAGAAGUGGGUCGAAAUAUCAGACAAACAAUACGCCGCUUUCGAGGCUGGCGCGUCUGCCUCUUCACGGCCGUUCGUCGCAGCAGAGGAUGCCAAGAGGAAGAGAGAGGCAAUGACAAGGGGGGAACGCCUCGGAUUGCGGUGACCACCCUUCCGCUGCCAUCAGAAGGAACCCCCUGUACACAUAGUUCAAGGUGCAUCUUGCAUCGUCCUGUACUCCUGUACCAUAUCCCGCAGCGC